AAAGGAACAGUGGACCACAGUCGCCCGCGGAUUCCAAGACGGAGUGGAUGAACGGAUCCGAGCCCGAGCCUUGCGUGUGUUUUUCUUGAACGGCAUCUUUCUAUAGCUGCGAAGGAGCUGCUCUGCAAUGAAGCUCCAACUCGUGCAUCUCAUGGCGGUGUUGGUGUGCGGCAGCCAAGCCAUCCUACAGGUUUCUAUUUCCUUGAACAAGGUGGAGUUAAGUGUUGGAGAGUCCAAGUUCUUCAUCUGCACAGUGAUUGGCGAGCCGGUGAGGCUGGAGUGGUACAAUCCUCAAGGAGAGCGCAUCGUGCCCUCCAAGCGCAUGGCGCUGCACACGGAGACAUCGCGAUCCCGCCUUAUCAUCUACAAUGCCAUUGUUGAGGAUGCCGGAAUCUACCGCUGCCAGGCCACUGAAGCCAACGGUCGCACAGCAGAGGCCUCCGUGGUGCUGGAGAUUUACCAAAAGCUGACUUUUCGAGACAUUCAGUCGCCGCAGGAGUUCCGCUAUGGUGACACGGCGGAGGUGGUUUGUGAUGUCAUUAGUUCGCCGGUGCCGGAGGUCGUGUGGUCCUACCAGGGCAGGGAGAUCGUUGAGGAGCAUCCCAGCCGGCUCAAAGUGCUGACAAACAACAACCUGCAGAUCCACCAUGUGACCAAAGCAGACGAGGGCGUGUACCGCUGCGAGGCCAGCGUGGAGGCUCGUGGUGAGAUCGACUUUGUGGAUAUCGCUGUCGUGGUCAACGUCCCUCCAGUUCUGUCCGUUUCCCAACAGUCAUUCAACGCCACCGCCGACUACCAGGAGUCAGUCACCUUUAUGUGCAUCACGUCUGGAUCGCCCGACCCUGUAGUAACAUGGCACAGGAAAGGCCAGCAGCUGGAGCCUUCGGAUCAGUACAUUCUGACUCAACUGGAAGGUGGGCAUAGCAUGCUCACCAUCCGCAACAUCCAUCAGGGUGACGGAGGCUUCUACUACUGCAAGUCCACCAACAAGGCGGGCUCUCAGGAGAGGGAGCUCUUCCUCAAAGUGUUUGUCCAGCCACACAUCACACAGCUGAAGAAUGUGACGGCGGUGGAGGGCAGCGCCGCCAUGAUCUCCUGCAUCGCUGAGGGCGAGCCACUGCCGGACAUCUCCUGGAGACGAGCCAACGAUGGGCGGACCUUUGUGGAUGGUGACAAGAGCCAGGACGGACGCUUAGAGGUGCGCGGUCACCACGGCAAAUCAGUGCUGACAAUCAACAGCGUGGGGCUUGCCGACCUGGGCCGCUUUGACUGCGAGGCACUCAGCAGGAUCGGAGGGCAUCAGAAGAGCAUGUUUCUGGAUAUUGAGUACAUCCCAAAGUUCUUGACCAACCACACUAUCUACUAUUCUUGGGAGGGGAACCCUGUGAACAUCAGCUGUGAUGUGAUGUCCAACCCGCCUGCAACGUUGCUGUGGAGGAGGGAGCACUUCACCAUCUCCGCAGACGGGACCAUCAACAUGCGGGUGCACAACGGCAUGGGCAAGUCUCUACUAGAGGUUACUCCAAUGUCCGACAGGGACUUUGGUCGUUACAACUGCACUGCCCGCAAUAACAUUGGCAUUCGAUACCAGGAAUUCAUUCUGGCCCAGGCAGAUGUGCCAUCCAAUCCGUACUCGGUACGCCUGUCAGCCAUCUCCCAGCGUUUGGCUACCGUCACAUUCAUGAAGCCGGACUCCCAUGGCGGCGUGCCCAUCGGCUAUUACCUGGUCCAGUACAAGGAGGUGGGCCCGCAGGACUGGAAGGAUGCCAGAUCACAUAGUGUGCAGACAACGGUGGUGCUGACCGGCCUGGAGCCCAAUACAACGUACGAGGUUCAAGUGGCAGCCGUCAAUGGGAAGGGUCAGGGCGAGUUCAGUCACAUGGAGACCUUCCAGACUUUACCCAUCAGAGAACCGAGCCCACCGGCAGUCCAUGGGCAGAGAGGACUGGGGAAAGCCUAUAAGCUGGGGCUGAUCAAGCAGGAUGACGGAGGAAUGCCUAUUGUGGAAUACAUAAUCAAAUACAAGACAGACAAAGAGGAGCAAUGGAUGACCAAACUCAUUCCGGGCUCCAAUGACUUAGCGACUCUGCAGCCACUGCAGUGGAACACGCGAUACGAAGUAGAGAUUACAGCCCGCAAUGUGAAGGGCCUGUCAGAGCCCACCUUCUACCAGUUCUUUAUGCCACAAAAGCCUGACAUCACAGAAUCCCUCUUCAACGGCCUGGGCCUCGGGGCUGUGGUGGGCCUUGGCCUCGGGGCACUUCUCCUGCUGCUUGUCCUGGUGGAUAUCAGCUGCUUCUUCCUGCGGCACUGCGGCCUGCUGAUGUGCAUCACACGCACACUGUGCAGCAAAAAUACAGUCACCGGUGGCAAAGGCAAAGAAAUGGAGGAGGGCAAGGCCGCCUACCUGUGCACCUACAACAGCCGCCUGACCACCUUUUCAACCACAGAAACUGCCGCUGAAGGAGGAAAAUGGCAAAGAGUCUCUCAAGCCGGAUACGAUUGAAAUCAAAUUGCAGGGCGACCACAGCAUCCACGCAAAGCCGGAAGACAGCAAAGCAUAAAAGGGGGCUCCCUCUUUUGUGCCCACAAGAAAAUUCGGAUCACGAGACCAAAACCUAGAGAACCUACAGCAAUCGAGCAUAGUGGAGAGAAAUAUGAGUGAGAGGCAUGUGUAAAUAGAAAUACUAGAUUGAAGCGUGGGUGCUGACAUGACAUCAGUGAAAAAUGAUUGUAUAUUUCUUGUUUUGUUGUGUCUGGUUAUGAUUCACAUGAUGCUUUUUUUAAGAGUCCCCCUCACCCUCCAGCGCCAUCCCACAGGGUGUUUCAUACCCAAAGAAACCACAGUUCAGUCAUAACCACCCCCCACCCCCAUCACCUCAGCUGACCUCUCACCGUCACACUUGGGGGCAAUUCUAGCAACACAAGCUCACACUACUAACACGCACAUCCCGGUAUACCGAUGAUGUCAACCUCUUAAUUUGCCUGUCUUAGCCGGGCCAGGCCAGGCGAGGUUAUUAGCUUCAGUAAGGAACGUUAAACCUAUUUUCUACAGAACAGUCCUCAAAAAGGGUAAAGCGUUGUGUGUUGCCAGAGGGGGAAGAAAAAGCAUCUCAAUAGCAUUAAAAAAAAAGGACAAAAAAAAAAAGAAUAUUGUGUCAAGUAGCAUAUGUGCGUUGAGUUUAUUGUUUUAACAAAGUAUUUUAAAAAAGUAUUGACAAUGAGUAUUGCUGCCACUUUUGUCAUCUCGUGUCAUCUCUCAUCAUACAGCUGGAUGUUUUUUUUUUUUUGUUUUUUUCCUUUUUAUGUCGGUCUCCUCCUGGGAGCUUGAACUGUGAAUGUUUUGAUCGAUCAAAGCUUUUUGUUGGAAGAACUGAAAUGCAGGGAACCUCGGAAUGGAGACACAAGUCAACAUUUACUUUGAUGUCUUUGCGCCCUGUGCCUCUGAUGUCUCCUUAAUAUUUUUCCUUUGUCGGUCUGCUCGCUGACAUUGUCAUGUGUUGUACAUAGGUGAGAAAAAAAUAUUUUGCAGAGCUUUUAUGUAAAUACACCACAAAGGAUGUGACUUUUUUUUUUUCAAAAGGCAGAUUCUUAUUUUUGUCAUGUUGUAUUUGGUCCAAAGUUUAGUGCUCGUUCAACUUUGAUUGUCAAGUCAAAUCAGCAGCCGAAAGCAAAUUUCAAUUGAAGAAAGUAAUAACAUCUGUUCCCUCCCGUAGUGUCAGUACACACUUCUGGAUCAUGUUUGUAUUUCUUUGGGAGCUGAAUGUUUUUGCGCUGCUGUGAACUGUGGAAAAUGUACUAAACAAUGACAAGAACAUCAGCACAACUGCACGCUGAUGGGGUGAUUAUUCAUGCUGACAUAUGAGGUGGUGUCACAAAAACAUUCCAAAUCCAAGCUACAAAUUUCCCCUCAAAAAUUUGAAAUGCACCUUCCCAGCCUUGUCUGUUAUUCCUUCAUGCACUCCUGGAAAGAUUCUUCCAGGAUCCUCAGCAGUGCCGUCAUCACAGCCAUCUUGAUGUCGUCCGCAUCCUCAAGCAUCUUGAUGACCCCCUUGAGCUCGAGAACACGGGCGGGGGAGGUUGCAAGGUCAGAAGGAAGAAACUGUCAGAUGCUCAGGGUAUUGUGAGCAGCCGUGUGGUCAGACCGAAGCAGCCAUUAGUUGUCUGGCCUUGAAUAAAGCACAGCAGGAUCUCUUUGUGGACAUGCUGUUGAUCGUCUGGACUACAUUGAAAGAGAAAACUUGUACUUUGGGUUCGGAGAUCGCUUUUGUGACACCAAUCCGAGAGCUUUUCCGACACACCGCAUACAGCUCAAUGCAUUUAUUAUCAACUGUGUUUUGUACGUGCGGAAGCAGAUGAAUAAUCUCCAUGCACUGGGUUGCAUGUCUGUCUAUUGCAUCUGCAUGCCCUUCGGAACGCUCCUAAUUUCAAAACUAAAUUGAACUUAAUCUUUGGCAACUGAUUCUGUUUUGUUGUGUUUUUUUUGUUUGUUUUUCUGCUGUAUUUUUGAGUUGAAGCAUGGUGAGAUGACCAUGACCUCCCAUGAAUGUGACUCGCCGAAUAUUCACUCAUGGACAGUAAUUCACUUUCACAGGCUGCAGCGCUUAAGUGACUGCCAGCACAACAACACUCGCCACCCCGACUAUUUUUUUUUUUUUUUAAUGUCCGAACAUGGUUUCUCACAGAAAGCCAAUGCACCUGAAUCUUAAGGACGGUCCAUGUCGUGGUUCCUCUGCCUAUCACGCUGACUGUAAAUUGCGAGUGAACAGUGCCUAGCUGGUGUUACGAUUUGUACGUGUUCUUUUUGUAUUUGAUGUCGGAAAUUUACUCUUCAUUCCUCCUGUGACCAGUCCACCAUGUCCUCUUCUGUCGAGGGCGGGCAGGGUGUUCAAUGGGUGCGUGUGAUCUCAGUGUACAGUGCGUGUCCUCUUUGUUCCCAAAUCUUUUGCACCCUUUUGGACCUUCCCUGCUGAGUGUGCUUUUGUGCAGGAAGUGGGAAUAUUGAUGUCUCUCUCUAUGUACCUGUGCAACACUUGUGUCAUUUGCAGCUGUGAAUAAACAUGUCCUGGUAGAAGAGA